AUGACGCUGAUCAGCAUGAAGAGAAAAAACUGGAUACCUCGAAAUGAGACUGUCAAUCCAAUCCAAACCCCGGAAUUCAGUGAUACAGACGGUAUCUCAGUCAGUACAAUCCAAACCCCGGAAUUCAGUGAUACAGACGGUAUCUCAGUCAAUACAAUCCAAACCCCGGAAUUCAGUGAUACAGACGGUACCUCAGUCAGUACAAUCCAAAACCCGGAAAUCAGUGACACAGACAUUAUCUCAGUCAGUACAAUCCAAACCCCGGAAAUCAGUGACACAGACGGUAUCUCAGUCAGUACAAUCCAAACCCCGGAAUUCAGUGAUACAGACGUUAUCUCAGUCAGUACAAUCCGAACCCCGGAAUUCAGUGAUACAGACGGUAUCUCAAUCAGUACAAUCCAAAACCCGGAAUUCAGUGAUACAGACGGUAUCUCAAUCAGUACAAUCCAAAACCCGGAAUUCAGUGAUACAGACGGUAUCUCAGUCAGUACAAUCCAAACCCCGGAAUUCAGUGAUACAGACGGUAUCUCAGUCAGUACAAUCCGAACCCCGGAAUUCAGUCAUAUAGACGUCAGUACAAUCCAAACCCCGGAAUUCAGUGAUACAGCAGACGGUAUCUCAAUCAGUACAAUCCAAACCCCGGAAUUCAGUGAUACAGACGGUAUCUCAAUCAGUACAAUCCAAACCCCGGAAUUCAGUGAUACAGACGGUAUCUCAGUCAGUACAAUCCAAACCCCAGAAUUCAGUGAUACAGACGGUAUCUCAAUCAGUACAAUCCAAAACCCGGAAUUCAGUGAUACAGACGGUAUCUCAAUCAGUACAAUCCAAAACCCGGAAUUCAGUGAUACAGACGGUAUCUCAGUCAGUACAAUCCGAACCCCGGAAUUCAGUGAUACAGACGGUAUCUCAGUCAGUACAAUCCGAACCCCGGAAUUCAGUCAUAUAGACGUCAGUACAAUCCAAACCCCGGAAUUCAGUGAUACAGCAGACGGUAUCUCAAUCAGUACAAUCCAAACCCCGGAAUUCAGUGAUACAGACGGUAUCUCAAUCAGUACAAUCCAAACCCCGGAAUUCAGUGAUACAGACGGUAUCUCAGUCAGUACAAUCCAAACCCCGGAAUUCAGUGAUACAGACGGUAUCUCAGUCAGUACAAUCCAAAACCCGGAAUUCAGUGAUACAGACGGUAUCUCAGUCAGUACAAUCCAAACCCCGGAAUUCAGUGAUACAGACGGUAUCUCAGUCAGUACAAUCCAAACCCAGGAAUUCAGUGAUACAGACGGUAUCUCAGUCAGUACAAUCCGAACCCCAGAAUUCAAGAACCCUGGAAUUCAGUGA